AUGGCUGGGCAACAAGGCUGGCUGCGCGGCGUGGUCAAGGAGGUGCUGAGCGGCGACACCCUGGUGGUGGCUGGGGCUGUGAAGUCCGGUAUUCCCCCGGAGAAGCGCCUCACCCUGGCGUCUCUGAUCGCCCCACGCCUGGGACGGCGGGACGGAUCCACUCCUGACGAGCCGUUUGCUUGGGAUGCCCGCGAGUUCCUGCGCAAGCUGACAGUCGGCAAGCCCGUCGUGUUCCGCGUCGAGUACACCCUGGACCAGAGCGCCGGGCGCGAGUUCGGCUCCGUCUUCCUCAACGAGCGUGACAACGUGGCCGUGGCCGUCGUCGCGGCAGGGUACGCCAAGGUGCGCCCCGCGGGCGGCCAGCAGUCCGCCUUCUACGAGAACCUGGCCCGCGCCCAAGAGCAGGCCGAGGCAAAGGCGCUCGGCCUGUGGACCAAGGAUGCCGCCGCCCUCGAGGCUGCUGUCCGUGACGUCACUAGCAGCGAUGCCUUUGACGCAGCGUCCUUCCUGGCGGCCACCGGCAAGGGCAAGCCCGUGCAGGCCCUGGUGGAGGCCGUCAUUAGCGGCAGCAUGCUGCGCGCCACGCUGCUCCCCUCCCUGCAGCCCGUCGCGGUCAUGGUGGCGGGCGUGGCGGCGCCCUCCAUGGGCAAGCGCCCCGACGCCGACGCGGCCGAGGGCGCCGCGGCGCCCCAGCCCGAGGCAGGGGCCCGCGAGGCCAAGCACUUUACAGAAGUGCGUACCUUGCAGCGCGAGGUCAAACUCACCCUGGAGGGCGUCAGCCAGUUUGGCGUGCUGGUGGCCAGCGUGUCGUACCCCGUGGGCGAGUCCGGGCAGGGCGAGGAUCUGGCCAGCGGCUUGCUGCAGGCCGGCCUGGCCAGGGGCGCGGAGUGGAGCCUGAACAUGAUGCCCGGCGCCGCCUUCCACCUGCGCGAGGCGGAGCGCGCGGCGCGGCAGGCCCGCGUCGGCGUCUGGCACGCCUACGUCCCGCCCCCCACCGCCUCCGCCAAGCUCUCCGACGACUUCCAGGGCACGGUGACCGAGGUGGUGAGCGGCGACUGCCUCAUGGUGCGCGACGCGGCCUCGGGCGUCGAGCGGCGCGUGACGCUGUCCUCCAUCCGCACGCCGCGCAUGGGCGGGCGCGACCGCGCGCCGGAGGCGUGGGCCGCCGAGGCGCGCGAGCUCCUGCGCUCGCGCCUCAUCGGCCGCCCCGUGCGCCGGCUCAUGGCCUUCGGCUCUGUGCUGUCCGGCGAGGGCGAGGCCCGGUUCAACGCGGCCGAGCUGCUGCUCCAGCGCGGUCUGGCGCAGCUGGUGCGCCACCGCGCGGAGGAGGAGCGGUCGGCGCACUACGCCGCGCUGGUGGCCGCGGAGGAGGCGGCCAAGGCGGCCAAGCGCGCGCAGUGGGGAGCACGCGAGGCCCCCGCGCCGCGCCGCGCGGGCAAGGUGCGCGGCGUGGUGGAGCACGUGCUGUCGGCCAACCGGCUGAAGGUCAGCGUGGCCAAGGAGGGCGUCACCCUGGCCUUCAGCCCCAGCGGCGUGCGCUGCCCGGCGCGCGGGCAGGCCGCCUCGGCGGGCCGCGCCGCGGUGCCGGAGGAGCCCUACUGGGCCGAGGCCCUGGCGUUCGUGCGCGACCGCGUGCUCCAGCGCGAUGUCGUGCUGGAGGUGGAGGGCGUGGACCGCAUCGGCACCUUCCUGGGCACGCUGCACGUGCCGGCGGGCAAGCUGGACCUGGGCGCCGCGCUGCUGGCCGCCGGCCUGGCCAAGCUGCACCCCAGCUUCGACGCCUCGCGCCACCCGGAGCUGGCCGCCGCCGAGGAGGCCGCGCGCUCCAAGAAGCUCAAGGUCUGGGAGAAGUACGAGGCACCCGUCACGGGGGCGGCGGAGGCCGACGAGGCUGGCGCGGGGGGGCAGGGUGAGACGCUGGAGGUGGUGGUGACCGAGGUGCAGGACGCCACCAGCUUCUACUUCCAGAACGCGGCCGAGCCGCGUGUGACCUGGAUUGCCGACGAGCUGGCGGCGCUGGACCUCGGCGCCACGCCUCCCCAGACGGCCCUGCUGCGCGCCGGGGACAAGUGCGUGGCGCGGUACGAGGACGGGCAGUGGUACCGCGCCAGCGUGGAGCGGGUGCACGCCGCCGAUCCCACCGCACCGGAGUACGACGUCUACUUCGUCGAUUUUGGCAACCGCCAGCGCGCCAAGGGAGCGGCGGUGCGGCCCAUGGACGCCGCGCUCGCCGCGGUGGCUCCGCAGGCCACGCCGGCCACCCUGGCAUUCGUCAAGGCUCCCGGGCUGGAUGACGAGUAUGGCGUGGACGCGGCCUCCAUGCUGGCGGAGCUGGUGGGGUCGGGCGCCAAGCUGUCUGCAGUCGUGGAGAGCAGGGAGCGAGUGCAGGCCGCCGGCAAGCAGUGGGCCGCGCAGGCGGCGGUGAAGCUGCACCUGACUCUGCGCUCGGGGGCCGAGGGCGAGUCCAGCGUGAACGCCAAGCUGGUGGCGGCGGGCCUGGCGCGCCUGGCUGCCCCCAAGGGACGAGGCUCGUCUUCCCCAGCGCUGGAGGAGGUGCGCGCCGCUCAGGACCAGGCCCGCCGGAGCCGGGUGGGGCUGUGGCGGUACGGCGAUCCGGGGUCCGACUCCGAGGAGGAGGGUGGGAGCUACCCCAAGCUGCGCAGCGCAGGACCCCGGCGCUAG